AUUUUGCUGUGAUCUAUAACCAUAAAUGACACCUACAUGUUUAAAUGCCCCCCACCCCCAUUUUCAAAUUAGAGAUUAUGCUGUGAUAGGUACACAUGGUUUAGUUAGUUUAAGUGAGGGAGUUAUCAUAUAAUUAGAUAGUUUGUUGAGAGGAGUAAGGCUUGUUGCCUAUAAAUAAUAGGGGGUUAGAGAAUAGGAAUCAUCUUGGUAUUCAGUUAGGAAUUGGGUUUAGAGAGAGAAGUGGUUCUCUUUCUAGGGUUAGAGAGGGUGUUUGGCAUCUCUCUCAUGUAUCUUUCCCCUAAUCCCCAAUUGGGAAUUAGGGUUCUAUCAAUAAACUACUGCUGAUUUUCUGAGUUCUAACAUUGGUAUCAGAGCACCGAUCUGGUGCCUGAACCACAAAUUCUUUGCUGCGCUAUGGAAGAAGCAAGGAGCAUGGCAAGAAUUUCAGAGGAAUUGGUGAGGGGAAUUCCAAUUUUUGGGGGUGCUGAUGCGUAUGAUUGGACACACAGUAUGGAGCGUUUUUUUCUGUCGAGGAAGGUGAGAGAGGAAGACAAGAUGCAAUCAACCAUGGAGGCUUUAGAAGGAAGGGCUCUUACUUGGUUUGGAUGGUGGAUGAGUUGUAAUCCCAAUCCAUCAUGGGAAGGGUUCAAGAUUGCAGUGGUGAGGAGGUUUCAACCUUCCAAGUCUCAGAAUCCAUUUGAGUUGCUUCUUUCUCUGAAACAGAAGGGAACAGUGGAGGAGUAUGUGGUGGAAUUCGAGAAGUACGUCGGAGCUCUGAGAGGAAUUGAUCCAGAAUUUGUCAAAGACAUCUUCUUGAAAGGAUUGAGCGAAGAGAUCCGAAUGGAGGUACGAUUGAUUGGAUCUUUCUCUCUUCUUGAGGUUAUUCACAAAGCCAUUCUUGUUGAACGAGAAAAGAGAGAAUCUGAGAUUACAAUCGAGCGAACAGUGGCGGCGACAUCAGGAGAACCUGAGCGAAAGGAUUCAGAGACCGCAGCGGAAGAAGAGCCAGUCGCAGCGGUGGCUGGGCAAGCAUCUGAAGCAGAGGACGACUCAACCUCUGCGAUUCAGAAACCGAAUCUUGGAACAGAGGGUGAAUCGGAGACGACGGCGGAAGAAGAGAGGCACGCUACAGUGGGUGAGCAACCAUCAGACGCAGUGGAAGACUUAACUUCUGGGUCGCAGAAACCCAUUCUUGAAGCGGAGGAGGCGGUGAUAGCGCCAGCGGAGUCGUCGCAAGGGAAACUGGAGAUCGCAGUGGUGACUGGGCAGGAAGGAGAAACAGAAAUCAGAGGCAAGUCUGAAGCUUCCGAUAACCCAAUCGGAGGAACGGCCAAGGUAUUAACGGCGACAGAGUUCAGAUUUUCACGUGGGUUACCAUUCGUGAGGCCAGAAACGCUCCAACGGCCACCGGCUGCGCCGCCAAACUUUGUCGUCAGGGGCAGUAGUAACUGGGUCUUAGCGCCGCUGGUUGUGUCGAGUUGUGUGGCGAUGGGAAAUCACGAACUCAGAGCAAGUUGGGAAGAGUUUGUCGUCAGCAGUGGAUGGGAAUGUUUCUGGAAUGUGCAAGCAGCAGAGGUGUGGCCAGAGAGGAUGGGGUACCAACUGGACUUCUGCCCUGACAGAAUGGGCCAUACCCAACUAAGGAGGAAUUGGGUCAUACAACAGACUAGUGGAGUCAAACUAAUAGGUUGGGCCAAUGUAUCAGAUUUUGGGAUAAAUGUAUCAGCUUUUGGGUUAAAACCCAAUUUACCCAUCUACUUGAGGCAGCAAGGAACCAGAAUUCACUUCCAAGAGUCACAGGAAAUUUUGCAAGUGUUGUGGAAAAGAGAACUUUUGGACUUUACUGAGAGCAAUGAAGAAGAGCAAUGGGAUCCAGAAAGCAUGGGUUCAUCACUAUACUUUACUGAGCAGACUAUUAAGAAUGGUGCUACUGAAGGGUUUAAUGAUAUCAUGGGAGCUGGAUUCACAGAUAACCCUAACAAAACUAGUUCUGGUUCUAAGACUUUCAAAGGAGUUUCCCAUCCCAAAGGUGCUUCUAGGAUUCCUCAUUCUUCUCGCCCCAGAACCCGCCUGGGGUGCAGCUCUGGACAGAGAUACUCAAAGAGUGCAAUUAUAUUUUCAGAGCAGCAGAUGCGUGAUACAGAAAGCAUUGCUGAAAAACUCACCAUAGAAUUGAAGUCAAUUAAGGACAUUCUGGAUGUUGUAUUAAGAUCUGAAUUCUGUCGAAAUAAGUCUUUGAGAUAUAAAGUAAACGAGAUAAGAGUGGCGGUUAAGAAUGCCACAAGAGCUGAAGCAGAGGCAAAACGGCGGCUGAAAUUCAUGGCAAGGGACUACAAACGUUUCUGUAAGAUAAUGAAAUUAGCUGUUGCUGAUCCUUCACCAUCACCUCCUCAAGAUGGAGUGCGUGAAGAGAAGAAAAAAGUAGUCUUUGCUGAUGAAGCAGGUGGAUGUCUGUGCCAGGUUAGGGUCUAUGAGGAUGGUGAGCCAUCUUUGUGAGAGUCUAAGACUUCGAGGGUUUUUGAGGGAGGGUAAGCAAAGGGUUUGAAGGGAAGGGAAAGGGAGGGCAAUCCCUCCCCUUUUUGGAAGCUUGAAAUGGAGAGGGAAGGGAAAUGAAGGACUAAUUUUGUAAAAGAGGAGGGAUCAACUUGCACCACUUCAAUCCUUACAUUGUUACACUCAUUUUGUACCAUUGAUGUCUUUUUUUAGGGUACCAUUGAUGUCCUAUAGAUCUAAUCGUCACAAAUUUUUAAAUUUGGUGAAUCAUGUGCUUGCAGCCUCUUUUCACCUAACAUAUACAAACCUCAUUCUCUCUUACUUUUGCACAAAUCUAGAUCUGCUUGUAAUUGCACUUCAAAUUUGCACUCCACUUAGUUUCGAUUAAGAAUUACAUUUCUAAAUCUGCUUCCUACGUGAAUGUCGAACCCAGUGCAACUAUUUUAUACAUACUCACCGUUGAUG